UGGCCAAGGAGGUGUUAAAUUCCAAAACUGGGCUAAGACCUAUGGCUGCUCUCCAGAAAUGUAUUUCCAGCCAACCACGGUGGAAGAGCUCAAAGAGAUCUUGGAUCUGGCCAGGCAGAGAAGUAAGAAGGUGAAAGUGGUUGGGGGUGGACACUCCCCUUCGGACAUUGCCUGCACAGAUGACUUCAUGAUCCACAUGGGAAGGAUGAACAAGAUCCAGAAGAUAGACAAAGAGAAGAAGCAGGUGACAGUGGAGGCUGGGAUCCUUCUCUCCGAUUUGAAUGUGGAGUUAAACAAACAUGGCUUGGCUUUGCCCAUUCUAGGGGCAGUUUCAGAUGUGGCGGCUGCUGGGGUCAUUGGCACCGGCACACACAACACCGGCAUUCGGCACGGCAUAUUUGCUACUCAGGUAGUAGCUUUGACAUUGUUGACAGCUUCUGGGGAAAUCCUGGAGUGCUCCGAAUCCAUGAAUCCUGAACUUCUCCAAGCUGCCCGUGUACACCUGGGCUGUUUGGGUGUCAUCAUCAACGUCACAUUCCAGUGUGUGAUGGAGUUCUAUCUGCAAGAGACCACCUUCCCAUCCACUCUCAAGGAGGUACUGGACAACUUAGACAGUCACCUGAAGAAAUCUGAGUAUUUCCGUUUCCUGUGGUUCCCUCACAGUGAAAAUGUCAGCGUCAUAUACCAGGAUCAUACCAACAAGCCUCCCUGCUCCUCAGCUAGCUGGUUCUGGGACUACGCCAUUGGAUAUUACCUGCUGGAGCUCCUUCUCUGGAUCAGCACGUUCCUGCCCUUCCUGGUGCCCUGGAUCAACCGCUUUUUCUUCUGGCUCCUCUUCACCAGCAAAGUUGAACAUAUGAACUUAAGCUACAAGGUCUUCAACUACGAGUGUCGUUUCAAGCAGCAUGUGCAGGACUGGGCCAUCCCUAUUGAAAAAACAAAAGAGGCUCUUUUGGAGCUGAAGGGGAUACUGGAGAGCAACCCCAAAGUGGUCGCCCACUACCCAGUGGAAGUGCGCUUCACCCGAGGGGACGAUAUUCUUCUGAGCCCCUGUUUCCAGAGGGACAGCUGCUACAUGAACAUCAUCAUGUACAGGCCCUAUGGGAAGAAUGUCCCGCGUCUUGACUACUGGCUCGCCUACGAGGGAAUUAUGAAGAAGUAUGGAGGGAGACCACAUUGGGCAAAGGCUCAUACCUGCACCCGGAGGGACUUUGAGAAGAUGUAUCCUGAGUUCCCAAAGUUCUGCACCAUCAGGGAGAAGCUGGAUCCCCGGGGAAUGUUCCUGAACGCCUACCUGGAGAAGGUCUUCUAUUGAUAGCUGGGAUGGAGAAGGUGGCGAUGGGAAGGGAUGGGGAAAUAUCUCUAGUGGCCA